UGUGAGUAACCCCCUCAAAUUUCUGACCCGCGGACCUACCGUCGAUAGUACAUGACUGAUCAGAAAAUAUUUCCAGAAUUUUCAGAGGCAGGCCUAUUCAUUGAACCUCAGACACGCAGAAGACUAAGACAGCGUUCCCCGCAUACCAUCACCAGGCACCUGGAAUGUAUCGAAUCACACGAGGAGUUGGGUCAAAUGGACGUUUGCUCAAGAGAAACGCGAUGGCAAAGUCAGUCGCUGAAUAUCGUGGAGGCAAUUCUAGGUAAUUAUGUUCGACUCGAAUGCAAUGUGGUAUGUUCUAGAUUGUUUAAACUCCGGGACCCCCUUCGCUUUGUUGGAGACGGUGCUUCAGGUGCGGGAUCUUGCCAUAAACACCAAAGCUCGGGGGGAUCUGAAACAGGUGUUUGUAAAAGCCCAACAAACGGACAAGGUAGAGUACGGGAGUCGCUCAAUAAUAUAACACCAACCAUGGUGACUGUGCAUGCUCAUCAAGGAGUCCAGUUCGAGUGCUCCAAUGACACCGACAGAGCGCAGAGCAAGUGCCGGGUCAGUGCAACAAUUCAGUUCCACAACUCAUUCUCCGGAGAUUCACUUCUCCACAAUGGCGCGUUUUCUCAAGCAGCGAAACCUAUCCAACACACGGCUAUCUGGAUCCGAACCUAGAGAAGAUCCUGACAUUGAGGCUCAUUAAUUCGGACGCUUGAAGAAUGUAAAGGCGAAUACCCCCUAUGAAGGUGGACCCGACGGAACUGUCGAAGUGCACAAGGGGGCUCAUGCAACCAUCUGCAAAGCAGUUAGUGUAGGAAACGAAGUUGCCGUCAAAAAAUGAUAGAGUGAGUCGACCUUCAUAACUCCGUCUGGUCCCCCCAUCCCACUUAGGAUCUACCGAGUAAUAUGCAUACGCUUUCCUCCAUUUAAGCUCAGACCUAACGGACCUUUGAUAGCGCAUCAACAGAGAGAGCAAAACCUUAAUCGCCCCAAUAUCGUCACUUUCUUAAAAACAAUGGAAAAUUGAACAGGGCAAGAUGCUGAUUGUGUAAAAACAGUGCGUAAUUCAUGCGUGACCUCGCUUGUCCGCAUCUAACUGUG